AGGUCCCUCAAAGGACUGCUUUAUAAAGAAGUUGUUUUUCCUCGGUGCCCGUUCUGGAUCUGUUGGAUGACCAAGCGGGGACGCAGUGACAAACAAAGCAUUCUGAACGCAACAAAGCCACUCAGCGCUCCUAUGUUGGUGAAAAAAGAUGAAAGAACAUGAUUUAGGAAAGGACUACCUGGCACCUGGCCCUGCGUAUCGGGCUGUACUGUCCAGAGAGACCUUGCCUGGCUCAGAAAUUGAUCCAUAUCAGCUCUCUAAGGUUCAGGAUGCCCUGGAGACUGCAGCACGUGCGGAGGGGGGCUUGCCCCUGGAGAUGGCCGUCUCACCCCACAGUAAGGAGCUGGAGGAGGACGCUGGGCGCAGCAAGUACCACCACAGCGUCAGCAUGCUCAAGCCUUUCCGCUCCACCAGCAAGCAUGAGCACCCAGUGGAUAACGCUGGCCUCUUUUCCUUCAUGACGUUUAAUUGGCUGACGCCACUGGCUGUCUGUGCCCACAAGAAGGGCCAGCUCUUCCUGGAGGAUGUCUGGCCCGUGUCACAGUGGGAGAGCUGUGAGGCCAACCGCCACAGGCUGACUGCUCUGUGGGAAGAAGAGUGUGAGGCGCGUGGGGACCAGGCCUCCCUGCGGCGUGUGGUCUGGCACUUCUGCCGCACCCGGCUGCUGCUGUCCAUCCUCUGCCUCAUGGUCACCCAGGUGGCUGGCUUCAGCGGCCCAGCCUUCGUGGUGAAGCGGCUGUUGGAGUACACAUCGCAGGGCGAGCCGGACCUGCCCUACGGCCUGCUGCUGGUGCUGGGCCUGCUGACCACCGAGCUGGUGCGAUCCUGGUCCCUGGCCCUCACAUGGGCCCUCAACUACCGCACGGGCGCACGCCUUCGCGGAGCCAUCCUCACCAUGGCCUUCCACAAGAUUCUGCGGCUGCGCAGCCUACGCGAGAAGUCCAUGGGAGAGCUGAUCAACAUGUGCUCGAAUGACGGUCAGCGGAUGUUCGAGGCAGCAGUGGUGGGCAGUCUCCUGGCCGGGGGGCCAGUGGUGGCCGUGCUGGGCAUGGUCUAUAACCUCUUCAUCCUGGGCCCCACCUCUCUGCUGGGCUCUGCUGUCUUCAUCCUUUUCUACCCUGCGAUGAUGUUUAGCUCCAGGCUGACGGCCUACUUCAGGAGGAGAGGCGUGUCCAUCACGGACAGUCGCGUGCAGAAGAUGAAUGAGAUCCUCAACUACAUCAAGUUCAUCAAGAUGUACGCCUGGGUCAAGGCCUUCUCACAAGCAGUCCGCCGAAUCCGUGAAGAGGAACGUGUGAUCCUGGAGAGAGCUGGCUACUUCCAGAGCAUUACCGUGGGCGUGGCGCCCAUCGUCGUGGUGAUCGCCAGCGUGGCCACUUUCUCAACGCACAUGUUGCUAGGAUACGACCUCAACGCUGCUCAGGCAUUUACUGUCGUAACUGUCUUCAAUGCAAUGACCUUUGCACUGAAGGUCACCCCGUUCUCUGUGAAAUCACUGUCUGAGGCAUCAGUGGCCAUGGAGAGAUUCAAGAGUUUGCUGCUGAUGGCCGAGGUGGAGAUGAUCCGCAAGCGGCCGCAGGACCCCAAGGUUGCCGUGGAGAUGCGGGGGGCGAGCCUGGCGUGGGAGAUGGUGGGCCAUAGUGCCCAGCCCACCCCGCGAGGGACGCCCUGUGUGGGCCUGAGCCAGAGGAAGACCCGGCGGAAGCAGCCGGCGUCCCCGCUGCGGAGCCCCGUGCAGGCGGAGCAAGUGGAGCAGGCGGAACAGCAGAGCUCCCAGCUGCUGGGGGACACCGGAGCCUCCAGCCCUGAGCACCAGCCCCACUGCAUCCCAACCGUCAGCCAGCGCCUGCAGAGGACCCUGCACUGCAUCGACCUCACUGUGGAGCAGGGGAAGCUGGUUGGUAUCUGUGGCAGCGUGGGUAGUGGCAAGACCUCUCUCAUAUCUGCCAUACUGGGACAGAUGACCCUCCUGGAGGGCACAGUGGCCGUAAACGGGGACUUUGCAUACGUAGCCCAGCAGGCCUGGAUCCUGAACGCCACGCUCCGUGACAACAUCCUGUUCGGCAAGGAGUACGAGGAGGAGAGGUACCAGGCGGUGCUGAGUGCCUGCUGUCUGAGGCCUGACCUGGCCAUCUUACCCAAUGCUGACCUCACAGAGAUUGGUGAGCGUGGUGCCAACCUCAGUGGAGGGCAGCGCCAGCGCAUCAGCCUGGCUCGAGCCCUCUACAGCGACCGUGCCAUCUAUAUCCUGGAUGACCCGCUCAGCGCCCUUGACGCCCAUGUGGGAAACCACAUCUUCAACAACGCCAUCAGGAAGCACCUGCGCCAGAAGACCAUCAUCUUCGUCACGCAUCAGCUGCAGUACCUGGUGGACUGUGAUGAUGUGAUCUUCAUGCGGGAGGGCAACAUCACUGAGCAGGGUAACCAUGAGGAGCUGAUGAGCCUGAAUGGAGACUACGCCGCCAUGUUCAACAACCUGCAGCUGGGAGAGGCCCCCCUCAUAGAGAUACCCACUAAAAAAUCAGGGAACUCACUGAAGAAACCUCUAGAAAAACCUAAAGCUGGAUCAGUCAAGAAGGACAAACCAGUCAGCAAAGACAACGGUCCGCUGAUGCAGGUGGAGGAGCGUGGCAAGGGCUCUGUGCCGUGGUCUGUGUAUGGCGUCUACAUCCGGGCCGCAGGAGGAGUGCUGGUCUUCCUCCUCAUCCUCCUCCUCUUCGUCCUCAACGUGGGCAGCACUGCCUUCAGCAACUAUUGGCUGAGCUACUGGAUCAAGCAAGGCAGUGGGAACACCUCGGUGCUAGUUGGGAACAGCUCGUUGUUGAGCGAGAGCAUGAGGGACAACCCUUUGAUGAGGCACUACGCUGCCGUCUACGCCAUGUCCAUGGGAGUCAUGCUCCUGCUCAAGUUUCUACGCGGCAUCGUCUUUGUCAAGGUCACACUAAGGGCGUCUUCAAGGCUUCAUGAAGAGCUGUUCCGGAAGAUUCUUCGAAGCCCGAUGAAAUUUUUUGACACCACUCCCACUGGCCGUAUCCUCAAUCGCUUCUCCAAAGACAUGGAUGAAGUGGACACGCGGCUGCCCUUCCAGGCGGAGAUGUUCAUCCAGAACGUGAUCCUGGUGUUCUUCUGCCUGGGCGUGAUCGGCAGCGUCUUCCCCCUCUUCCUGGUGGCAGUGGGGCCGCUGGUACUGCUCUUCAUCGCGCUGCACAUGGUGUCGCGAGUCUUCAUCCGCGAGCUCAAGCGCCUGGACAAUGUCACGCAGUCGCCCUUCCUGUCCCACGUCACCUCCAGCAUCCAGGGCCUGACCACUAUCCACGCCUACGGCAAGGGGGACGAGUUCCUUCACAGGUACCAGGGGCUGUUGGACCAGAACCAGGCUCCGUUCUACCUGUUCAGCUGUGCCAUGCGGUGGCUGGCUGUGCGGCUGGACGUCAUCAGUGUGGCCCUCAUCAGCAUCACAGCUCUGAUGAUUGUGGUCAUGCACGGACGCAUACCGCCUGCCUACGCCGGCCUGGCCAUCUCCUACGCUGUCCAGCUCACAGGACUCUUCCAGUUCACCGUCCGUCUGGCUACAGAGACGGAGGCUCGCUUCACCUCAGUGGAGAGAAUCCACCACUACAUCCAGUCUCUGGCCCUGGAGGCCCCAGCCCGGAUCAAGAACAAGGCUCCGCCAGAGGACUGGCCCAACGAGGGGGAGGUGGUGUUCGACGACACGGAGAUGCGCUACCGGGAGAAUCUGCCGCUGGUCCUUAAGAAGAUCUCCUGCACAAUCCGACCCAAAGAGAAGGUCGGGAUCGUGGGUCGGACAGGGUCAGGUAAAUCGUCUCUGGGUGUAGUCCUGUUCCGACUGGUGGAGCCCUGUGGUGGCUCCAUUAAGAUCGACGGGGUCAACAUAUGUGACAUCGGCCUGGCUGACCUGCGCAGCAAGCUGUCAAUCAUCCCACAAGAACCAGUGCUUUUCAGCGGCACAGUUCGGUCUAACCUGGAUCCCUUCCACCAGUACUCUGAAGAGUCCAUCUGGGAUGCCCUAGAGAGGACACACAUGAAGGAGUGUGUGUCUCAGCUGCCCCUGAAGCUGGACUCUGAGGUGGUGGAGAACGGGGAGAACUUCUCUGUCGGGGAGAGACAGCUGCUGUGUGUGGCCCGCGUCCUGCUGAGGCAGUGCAAGGUUCUGAUCCUAGAUGAGGCUACUGCUGCUAUGGACACAGAGACGGACUCCCUGAUCCAGGAGACCAUUCGCGCUGCCUUCGAGGACUGCACCACACUGACCAUUGCCCAUCGGCUGCAGACCGUGCUCAACUGCGACCGCAUCAUGGUGCUCAACCAGGGCCAGGUUGUGGAGUUCGAUGAGCCGUCCAGACUUCUAGCCAACGAGAACUCUCGCUUCUGCGCUAUGCUGGCCGCUGUGGAGAACAAGAUCUCUGUGCGUGGCUGAGAGAGGCGAGCGGGGUGUACUCAGUGCGCUCCGUAGAUGACGGGAGAGGACUCCUCCCUUCACCCUCCCAACAAGUUGAGCCCUGACACAACUCCCCUCCUUCUGCAAACACAACCAUGCACUGCUCUGCCCACAGCUUAGGGGGAGUUGUGCUGGCAAACUCCAUGGCAACAGGGUCCUGAGUGGAGGCCCUGGAGCUGUCCAGAAGAGAUGCCUUUUCAGAUAUAGCGGUCAUCUGAAAUGGUCAGGAUAUCAUCAUUACUGUAACAAUGUUCUAAGUAUUAGUGGGGAAAAGGGUUUACACAUAGCUGUAUUCAUUCCAUAAAGUCUGUUUUAUAGAAUAUAUCUCUAUAUGCAUAUAUAUAUAUAUAUAUAUAUAUAUAUAUUAGGUGAAAGGAGAUAUAUACAUGGUUUAUUUUGUAAAGCCUCUGUAUGUAAAACCAUAGUUAUGUCUUCUGUGUCUUCUACCACUCAUGUCCUCACUUUUUUUUUGGAUGUCAGGGUUCGUGACUUGAACCCUGAACCCCUGGCUCAAGCAACUGGGUGCAACAGUCCCAAAGGGAAGUUGCACCCAAAGGAGGCUGGGGGAUAGGGGGACUCUGGCUGAAGCCUUCUCUGUCAGUCACUGGUACUGGGUCUUUGGGUAGAGGGGCCAUUCAGCAGACUGACGGAGAGGCUCUUAGCUCUUUUGCGGCCUGUAAAGGCCAGCUUGGCACUGAAUUGACUGGAGGGUUCUCUCCGAGAGAGACAGAGAGACCAUGCUGCUCACUCCCAGUGUCCUUUGCGUCUCGCACCGGGGGCAUGACCUCGACCCCUACGUGAAGAGGCCUUGUACAUUAUUUGACAGCCUAUUUCCUUUUGUUAAUGCCAUUUCUUCCUUUUUUUAAAUUCUUGAUGAAGUUUUUUUAUUAUUAUUUUUUAUUAUUAUUUAAUGCCGUACUGUUAACAGGCUGUGCUAUUGCCCUUGCAUCUACAGUGCUACUGGCUGGUCUCCUCAGCCUCUUUUUGUUGGUUUGAGGUCUCUGACUGAUAUUAUUUGUUUCCUUUUCUCUUGCUUUGUUACAACAGAUGCCAGUCAUGCACAAUCUGUUUUUUUUUUGGCUGGUGUUGCACUGCUCAGAGCAGGCUGACUUUUCCAUUCCUGUUUUCUGUUAUUGUAACCUGUCUUACAUGAUAAAGAUAAAGAUAUGGCAAACGGGUCUUUGAGAAGACCUUCUGCAGAAUGUCCAUCUGUAUGUCAUUUCUAUUACAUUUUUAUAGCCUUAGCAUGACUUCAUCAUUGCCUUGUGAUGGGGAUUGGGAUGACCAAGGGUUCUCUCUUCAAAACAAAAAAAGUCAAUAAAAUUAUUUUAGGGUUACA